UCUGAGAGCUUAAGCUCUUUUCUUAGCCUACGCGGUCACCCAACUGAGCCAUUGCGGCCAAUUGUUUUUGCACAAUAUGUGGGCCAUUUCGAAAUGGAGGUUUUCAUCGUCGGAUUUCGGUUCAGGCGUCGGCGGUGUCCAUAACGCGUAGCUAUGUGGGGCCACCUCAAUGGCCCAGGCUUGACCUAGAACAUUUCAUGUAACCAAAUCUUUCCUUUAGGACGAGGUGAGUGGCUUUCAAAUUCUUCAGCUCUUCCGAUGUGUGUCUUUGCUCAUGUAAAUCAGACGUGACAUUCUGGGUACCCGUUUCUGAUGAACGCCUUGUUGGUCAUCAGAUGCGGAUUGAUGCCGACAAUCCGUGUAACCGGUGAUGGAUGAAAUUAUCAAAUGGAACACUGGAGCGCAUUUAGGUUUUUUGGGCUACCGAUGCCAUAAUCACGUGCAGCAGCAGAAAACUCUCGGCGAGGCAUGCGCAGUGUUUAGACUGACGCUCGGAUUGAGCACCAGGUUUCUUCAGCAUGGAGAAGUCUAACGGGAAGGAUAAAUGUCCCCUCUGUCACCGCACGAUGCCCGUGGUGCAGCUUGAUAAUCAUGUGAACUCACACCUCGAUGCAGAAGAAAUCGAACGGGACAGAGCUUAUGCCCAGAAGAUUGCCUCAACGAGGGACGAGCCCAUGCCAAAGCCCAAGCUGAAGACCAGAAUUAGCAAGACAGAUAAAUGCCAGUAUUCUGUGAAAUGUGACAGGGGUUGCAACCAGGUGGUUCCUAUUCAAGAAUGGGAAUCACAUUGUCUUCAGCACAAGCUAGCUCUGCAGGAGACUUCGGGUAACGAAGAAUGCAUGAGCAAGCGGCCUCGUAGUAUUUCCUAUGGAGAGGGUGAACAGUGGAAGUCGAAUAAAAUUACCAGCAAGUCCCUGGAGGAGAAUGUGAGGUAUUUGAUGUCAUGCCAAAUGAAGGAGAAGACGACAGUGCCAGUGAGAGAAGGACUUAUGCAUUUGUUGGAGAAAUGUCUGGAAGCUGAUCACAGGAAGGGAUCCUCCACGAUCGCUUUGUCCGGCUGGAUGGAACACUAUGAGAGCCGGCACAGGGAAGAUUUGGGGUGGGGAUGUGGGUGGAGGAACAUUCAGAUGCUGGCCUCAUACCUGCUGGUAGCGGAUCAGGAUGCUAGAGACGUGUUAUUUGGGGGCUGUGGGUUUGUGCCGGAUAUUUUGUCGCUGCAGAGAUGGGUUGAGGUUGCCUGGAGCAAAGGGUUUGAUUCACCGGGGGCCGACUACUUCAAUUGGGAAAUUGGAGGGACUCAGAAGUGGAUUGGUACUACUGAGUGCGCUGCUUUGUUGCGUUCUUUUGGAUUGCGUGCAAGGAUUGUUGAUUUUCAAUCUUUCGGGUCAGGGAAUGUGGAGAGCAGUAGGGGGGAAGAGCAGGAUUCAAGUGCUGAACCCACAAGAAGUAGUACUAUGUCUUGGAAAACUCCAGAUUCAGGCUCGUCGUCCGAAGUCCAAUCAAGUUCUACUUCGAGGUCUAGGUCGACUUCGAGAUCGACUUCGAGAUCCAGGCUCUCUUCUCCUGUUAAUAACGAAGACUUGGAGUGUACAGGCUGUGGAGAGUAUCCAAUUCAGGGUAUGCGAUAUCGCCACUCGGACAUUGUACAUUCCGACUUAUGUGUGGUUUGUAUGGAGAAACUCAGAAACAGCUCCAACCAACACGACCAAGAUGUGGCGAAGAAGUACGAGGGUGUGGAUUCUGAGCCAGCCAGUAGCUCACGGAACAGGAAUGAUGCUGAUGCGUCUCGACACCAACACAUAGUUGAUUGGGUAUGGAACUACUUCAUGGAAAGGUCGAACAAAGCGACCUCAGCGACUAGUGCAUUCGAUCGGCUUCGGCAGCCAAUUGUGUUCAGCAAGAGGUCACCGUUGUAUUUUCAACAUAGAGGGCACUCUAGAACUAUUGUGGGGAUUGAGAAACGCUGGCGACCGGGAGUGUCCGAAGAGGUUUACCUUAUUGUGCUUGAUCCUUCUCAGAAAACAGGAGAUGUUAUCAGGGCUUUAAGAGAUAAGAGUGGAUGGCAGAGGUUACUUAAAAGAGGGAUUCAGACCCUUAAGCAUGCCGAGUACCAGAUUUGCUAUGUAGAUCCUGGUCUUGCAACAGGUGAAGAAUACGAAGACCUCAAGGUACUCAGCAGUGUUCACUACAUGUAUUGACAUUCACGGUGAAAUGCUCAGUAUAUUAGCAGCGAAAAAGGGACACACGUUGAAUUUCCAGGGUCAAGAUGGUGAUCUCACUAACGUUUUGAAUAGGACUGUUACGGCUUUUCUAUCGAGUGGAAUUCAGCAGUGUCCUGUAAAUAUAUGGCAUGGUUCAUUUUUUGGCUUCCACCAAGUAUGUACUGCCCUGUUUUUGCUCACUUGAUUCUCUGUCACAUUGGACGCCUUCAAGGUAACGUUUCCUGUUACGGUAACUGGAGCAUCCAGCAGUAUAUAAUAAAUAGGGACUGAGAAUGAGAUUGCAAUUGUGUGGUUUUUA